AGUGUCCUUGUUUUUCACGCUUAUUGAAUUUUGUUUCUGAAUUACAGUGUCUCCCCUUUGGAGUAUCCACUCUGAAGGCAAUGCAAUUAAAAAUUAAUGGAUAUGUGUACCUUGUUCUGACUAGCAGCGCUGCCCAGGAUGUGAUCAGAGAGCAAGCCGUAAAGAUUAAGUGGUAAAAGGCAAAUGGUAACAACUGUAAAGAGGUUCCACCCCCACCUCUCUCUUUCACACAUACACACACACAUCCUGCUGUAUGGAAUCCCCCUCCUUCCAAGCCCAGUGUUUUCCAUACAGCAUUCCUUUCUGCAGUAGGUAAAAUAGUGGAGAGGGAUCCCAGUUGAAAUCAAGCAUAUGGUAGCUAAUUUAGAAUGGAGCGUAAAAAAGCAAAUAUUAAGACAGCAGCUUCAGCAAGAAAUCUCGUGCCACAGCUGAUUAUAUUAAGGCACACUAGGGGAAGUGUUUGUAAUUCUUCCUGGCAGGAGAAGUAAGUCCUGGAAAGUGGUGGUGGGGUUGUUUUAAUAGCACAAAUUGCAUUAUUUUUCUGUAGCAAUUGCAGAUUUAUAUGGUCUUUGUUAUUGGACUUCUGAAUGCCUGACAGCAUAUUGUGAUUAAGACUAAAAUCUUAGACAUAGUUACUUUGGAAUAAGUCCAAAGAACUUGAUUGGAUUUAUUUCUGAAUAAACUCACAUAGAAUCAUUCUCUGUGUCAUUGUAACUUUCCAGUUUUGGUAACCUUUGAAAUGUCAUUUGAAAUGAAUGGGUGGAAUCUUAUCUAUAGGAAAUGACUUUCACGGGAUACAGAUUUUAAGCAUUCAUAUUAGUAUCUACUAUUUAUAUCUCCCUUCAGGUUUAAAUGGAUAGUUUUGUAUCUGUGAUCUUUAGUCCUUUUUAAAAAAUAGUAUGUACAUAUAAGAUAAUGUACAGAGGAGGAGAAGGAAGAAGGUUUUUGAGGUAUAAUUUCAGGCUUUUGUUUAGAGCCAACAAAGAGUAGAAAAGAGAUUCACCCAGAGCACAGACCUGAAAUGUAGAGGCACUAGAGAAUUGAACUGGCAUCACUGGGGAACAGGGAUAAUGAGGUAAGAGUGGAUAAGAAGAUAGUAGCUGGGUGACCAUAUUAAUGCACUUCCUUUUAAAUGCAUUGUUCUUAAGCCUUUAUUUUACAAUACAAAUAAUUACAGCCUUUGAUCUUGAAGUUCUUCAAACUUGUCUGAUCAGCAUAAAGGUACCAGGCACUUUUAUAAGCAAUGAUAGCUUCCUUCCGAAUUUGUAGCCAAUUCUUGACACUGCUGUUAAUCAGAACUCAACUUCAUGGUUGCUUGUUUUCUUUCUAUCUGUCAUAGUCCUUUAAAAGCACAUUGUAUACUGGAUGAAAAACAUGGCACCUAUUGUAAGCAAAGCAACAACUACAGGCAUUUAAAAGCUGGCAUCCGUAUAAAAGCCAUUGGGAAUAACAUUCAAGUCUGACCUUGAUCAUAAAUGAAUGGGUGGAAUCCCAAACACUCUGCUCAAGAAUGGAUGGGCCCAGGUUAGAUCUGUUGAUUUAUGGUGACCCUAAUGUGAACCCAUCUUGGAGUUUUCUUGACAAGAUUUGUCUUUGCCUUCCUCUAAGACUGAGAGAGUAUAACAUACCCAAGGUCAACCAAUGGGUUUCCAUAGCUGAACAGGGAUUCAGAUCAUAGUUUCCAUAGUUGUGGUCCCUCCCUCAAACCAUUACACCAUCAUGGCUUUCUCGGAUUAGAUUGUUCACACUCAAUCCUAAAGGAAGAUUUGUGUUACACUGUACUUAUUUCCAAGGAUUAGGUUUAUACGCUACAAGCAUAUUUCUCCUCCUCAGUUGAUACACUCCAUAUUGCUCUGGUGUUUCUUUAUAAGUGACAUGAUUAUUGUUGUCCAGCCCAUCACCACCGUCAUCUGUAGUAGCUUUCAUCACAGUAACAGUAAUUGUCCUACUGCAGAUAAGUCUUGUUUGCUCCGAUUAACCAGGACAGAUUAUCCUAGUUCUGCUCUGUUUAAACCAAAAUACGUGUGAAUCACUGGUUACACUGAUGACUGGGCUUUGGGACCUUCCACUCUCUGAAAAAUGUGGAGACUGUAUGGCUCUGAAACAGCUCCACUUAGCAGCACUGGCAUCUCUGAAAGGAGACAUCGUUGAACUUAAUAAACGUCUACAGCAAACAGAACGAGAGAGAGAUUUGUUGGAAAAGAAAUUGGCAAAGGCACAGUGUGAACAGUCCCACCUAAUGAGAGAACAUGAAGAUGUGCAAGAGCGGACAACGCUUCGCUAUGAGGAACGAAUCACAGAGCUUCAUAGCAUUAUUGCCGAGCUAAAUAAGAAAAUCGACCGAUUGCAAGGAACUACCAUAAGGGAAGAAGAUGAGUAUUCAGAACUGCGAUCAGAACUUAGUCACAGCCAGCAUGAAGCCAAUGAAGACUCACACAGCAUGGACCAAGAUCAGACUUCAGUUUCUGUCCCAGAGAACCAGUCAACUAUGGUCACAGCUGACAUGGAUACCUGCAGCGACUUGAACUCUGAACUGCAGCGGGUGCUGACGGGGCUGGAGAAUGUCGUCUGUGGGAGGAAGAAGAGCAGCUGUAGUUUGUCUGUGGCAGAUGUGGACAGACACAUUGAACAACUCACCACUGCCAGCGAACACUGUGACUUAGCCCUUAAGACAGUCGAAGAGAUUGAAGGUGUCCUUGGACAGGACCUGUACCCAAAUCUUGCAGAAGAGAGAUCUCGAUGGGAGAAGGAACUGGCAGGCUUGAGGGAAGAGAACGAGAGCUUGACAGCAAUGCUAUGUAGCAAGGAGGAGGAACUAAAUAGGACCAAAGCUACCAUGAAUGCCAUCCGAGAAGAACGAGACAGGUUACGCAGAAGGGUCCGAGAACUGCAGACGCGCUUGCAAAGUGUCCAGGCAACUGGCCCAUCAAGUCCAGGUCGUCUCACUCCCGCAAACCGUCCUAUUAAUCCAAGCACUGGAGAGCUCAGCACAAGCAGCAGCAGUAAUGACAUUCCGAUUGCAAAGAUCGCUGAGCGAGUAAAGCUCUCAAAGACAAGGUCAGAAUCAUCAACAUCUGACCGCCCGGUCCUGGGAUCAGAAAUCAGCAGCAUAGGGGUAUCCAGCAGUGUGGCAGAACACCUUGCACACUCUCUUCAAGAUUGUUCCAACAUCCAAGAAAUUUUCCAGACACUUUAUUCACAUGGUUCUGCUAUCUCUGAAAGCAAAAUCCGAGAAUUCGAAGUAGAAACUGAACGAUUAAACAGGUACAUUAAAAUCCGCAUUGAGCACUUAAAAUCUCAGAAUGAUUUGUUGACAAUAACUCUGGAAGAGUGCAAGAGCAAUGCUGAAAGGAUGAGCAUGUUGGUUGGAAAAUAUGAAUCCAAUGCCACAGCCCUCAGGCUUGCAUUGCAAUACAGUGAACAGUGCAUUGAAGCUUAUGAGCUCCUGCUAGCAUUGGCAGAAAGUGAACAGUCUCUCAUUCUUGGACAAUUCAGAGCUGCAGGUGUCGAGUCGGUUGGGGACCAGCCAGGUGAUGAAAACAUCACCCAGAUGCUGAAGAGAGCCCAUGACUGCAGGAAGACAGCUGAAAACGCAGCAAAAGCCCUGCUAAUGAAAUUGGAUGGCAGCUGUGGAGGGGCCUUUGCCGUCACUGGCUGUAGCAUUCAGCCCUGGGAGAGCCUGUCGUCCAACAGUCACACCAGUACAACUAGUUCUACAGCAAGCAGCUGUGAUACAGAAUUCACAAAGGAGGAUGAACAGAGGCUGAAGGACUACAUUCAGCAGCUGAAAAACGACAGGGCAGCUGUGAAACUGACAAUGCUGGAGCUGGAGAGCAUCCAUAUUGAUCCCCUCAGUUACGAUGUCAAGCCUCGUGGAGACAGUCAAAGGCUGGAUCUAGAAAAUGCUGUACUCAUGCAGGAGCUUAUGGCAAUGAAGGAGGAAAUGGCAGAGCUGAAGGCGCAGCUGUACUUGUUAGAAAAAGAGAAAAAAGCCCUGGAGCUGAAGCUGAGCAGCCGAGAAGCUCAAGAGCAGGCAUAUCUGGUACACAUUGAGCACCUGAAGUCGGAAGUGGAAGAGCAAAAGGAGCAGAGGAUGAGAUCUCUCAGCUCAGCUAGCAGCAGCAGUAAAGAGAAGUCAAGUAAGGAGUGCACAGAUGGCAGUACAGCCUCAUUAACACUUGCUGAGUUGAAACCCUACAGUGAAAGUGAACUCACUACAGAAUUGGCAAAUGCACUUCGACGAGAAAAGAAGCUGAAAGCCAGAGUCCAGGAGCUGGUGAGUGCCUUAGAACGACUGACCAAAAGCAGUGAAAUCCGGCACCAGCAAUCUGCAGAGUUCGUGAAUGACUUGAAAAGAGCAAACAGUAACCUUGUGGCUGCUUAUGAGAAAGCCAAGAAAAAGCAUCAAAACAAACUGAAGAAACUGGAAUCCCAAAUGAUGGCAAUGGUCGAAAGGCAUGAGACUCAAGUGAGAAUGCUCAAACAAAGAAUUGCUUUGCUGGAAGAAGAGAAUUCAAGACCCCACACCAAUGAAACAUCACUUUAAGAGGGAUGAUAAAAAAAGGAAUCAAUGUGCCAUUGAAAAUAUGAGUCCUUAUAGGACUCGCUGUAUAUGGUAGGUGCGAAAGGAGACCAGAGACAGCCUGGGCCAAGAUGGAAGACAGUGCAUCAGAGACCAGUUUGGGCUUCGACAAUAUGCAAUCAUGAACAGGAGCCAAAAGGAGUAAGGCUUUUGGGAUGGCUGUGCAUAAUCAGACAGUGCCUGAUGGUAAAUGUAUCUGUUUAUCAAGGUUCUAUGUAAUUAUUUUGUUCCUGUGUUACAUUUUUUUUUCUUCUUCCAGACUUGUAUGGGUAAGAAUACUUGUGUUUUCAUCAAUCACAUCCUUCUGAGUCCACUGUAAUUUUGAGGAAAUGAUCAAAUAUCACCACACAGGUAGCUUUCAUCUGGAUCACAGCAUUCCUUCUUUCCAUCUCCUUUUUGCUGUUCAUCUUUUCCUCUAGGCUGACAGUGCACAGCCACUUGCAAAGUCGGUGGCCAUUCAUUUAUUGAUAGCUGGUGUCUGUGAUUAUAGAGUGCGCUAAGAAUUGGCACUCUCCCGUAAGUGGCAUCUAAGGAAGCAGCAGCGCAUGCAUGCCGUGAGAGUAUGACACUCCAUCCACAGUCUGUUUCAGUUUUAAACUGCCUUUGCAUUACCUGCUGCUUUUAAGAAUUUUUGAAGUGUGCUCACUUGAUGCCUGAUAGCCUACAAUUUGGAAGCUCUUGGCAAUCCUCUUGCAUAUUGCUUUCAGUCCCAACAUGCAGGUGGAUCAGAACAAGUAGUUUGCAAGUUCCAGAAUCAACUAGAAUAGUGCACCAUCGUUGUUGUCUUUUAUGUGAUGCUUGUCUGUCCUUCAUGUUUUGCUAACUGCUGUUGCUGGUGAAGCAGCCAGGUAGAAGUGCUCCAGAGUUAAAGUGGUGUGCUUUAGUGAAUUUGUUGCCUCCCAAAAAUCUAAUUUGUGGAGGGAAUGUAAUCCAUAUUCUGACAAUAACCAUUCAGUUAUGUAUCUAAACAUACAUAUCAGUACACUUGUUCUCCAACUCUGCCCCCCCCCCCCAUAUAUUUGAGCCAUCAUCUUACAGAAUUCUUGAGCAAUGCAUUGUCUGAAAUGUCUAGGAAUCCAAAAUCUCGAAAAACAAAUAAGAGCUUGAGAAUCUCUCCUGUCAGUGCAGUGUCAUUACAUCUUGGUCAUGAGAUGGUAUAUUAAUUUUGUAGGUGUUGUGCAUUUUUACAGCUAAACCCUUUGGAAAGAGUAUGGUGCGGGGCUGGUCAGGACUGACACGUUUCUUAGCAGCUGAUUUCCGAGGACUGUUGUAAAACAUUUGUAGCAGUUUCCAUCAAACUCACUACAUCCUUGCUGUACAGUAUCAAAAUAACUCAUCAAACUUCACUUAUGUUAUUGUGCUUUUAAAAAGCCUAGGAUAUAAAGAAUGUGCCUGAUUGAAUGAAUGUACAUGUCCACCCUAAAAAGCUAUUGUCAAAAUUGACUUUCAAUUGCAAGUCUACUCUGCCUGAUAAAACCAUUGUAGAAGGAGCAAUAGGCAGAGACCAUCAUGCAAAAUAGUUGUCUACAUUUUAAAAUAAAUAAAUAAAUAAAACUAGAAUGGUAACAGUUCUAGAUCAGCUACUUAGUUAUGUACCUAUCUUGAUCACAUAGCUAAAUAUCUCUUGGAUUAACCCAUUACCAGUAUUGACUUACCAGGCAGCAGCCACUACAAGCAAAAGGAAUCUGUUCUCCUAAAAUUCAGGGAUGUAUUUGAUAUUUCCACCACCCUCUCACAAGCUAUCUCCAGUGUGACAGUCACAAGCAUGACCCCAAUGGUAAUUCCUCCUCGCUUUGGAGAUCAUUUUCAGGAGUCAGAUGGAACUGUCAAUCUGUUGUGUCCCAACUGACAAGAAAACAGACCUCUGUUACUCGCAUUGGCAGCUGCCUAUUAAGUCUAGAUUGGGAGACUUUAAAUCCCUACACACUCUCCAUGCUAUUGAAUAUGCAGAAAUUGUCACUACAAACCAGUCCUGAAUGUGUAACUCUUCAUAACAAUGAUCAUGAAUUCCAGCCAAUGUCUCUAUUAAAUGCAACCAGUUAUUAAUGUUCUCUUGUAGUUAUAGAUUCAGCAAUAACUCUCUGGCAUGUCAGAUGGAAGAAUAAACACUGAUCUCUGGUAAACCAAGAGAGAGGAAUGUCUUGAGUUAUGGCACAUUGUGGUGCCUUGUUCUUAAAGGAUCUUCUUUUUCUUUCUUGCACUUUGAUUCUUAGACCACUUGCAAUAAAAUUAGCAAUUUGAAUACAAUAACCAGCUAGGGUUUUCUAGCAUUCUUCCAUAUAUUUUCACUGAAGAUGAUAUGAAGUGCUUUUCAAACUGAGCUUUCAGACUCAGAUUGUUAUUUCUUGUGCUGUAAUGUUCGAGCCACUGAUCAUAUAUUUUUAAAAUAAGGUGGGGUAUUUGGUACCUCUGGGAUAGGUUGUUUUUGUUUUGUACCCUGAGUUGCACAGCUGCCUGUAAUAGGGAUCCUGUUUGUAAGGAAAUGUUUUCAGAGGUGUGUGCAUUUGAAAUGGCUAAGCAACUACUUUAUUAAGUAAUCAGUGUUUCAUUCAAUUUGUACCUUAAUUUGUCACCUUUCUGCUCAUUUUCCAACAUAGCAAAAAUAUUGCUGAGGCAAAUGUGUAUGUAACAUAAUUUCUUCUCAUCAAAAGUUGAUGGGACAUUUAUUAGUAAAAUCUAUCCUACAUUAAGAACUAAUGUUCCCCAGAAUAAAAAUCAAUCUUUCUAAGGUAUGAUAUGAGCUGGAUGUAGCCAACAAUUGGGACAUCCCAUAGUCUUGUCAUCACUAUAUUUUUGUCAAUACUACACAAGUGAUAGUCUGUGAAUUAAAUCAAGUCAUUCCUAUUUUUAAGUUCACAUUUGCAUUACAUAGCAUUUAUUAUUCUAUUUUUAUUCUAGUUAGGUUCAUUGGGUUUAAUGGCCUAAAGCAUUGUUUCUUAAAUAAGCAUAGCAGUUAAUACUGUUCUGAUGUCUUUCCUUGUAUUGGUAAGGAAGGUCUUCCUUUACUGGCUAUAUUCAUAUCUUUCUUCUUCUUUUUGAGUCUCAUCAGUUACAAAUCUCCAAAAUUCUACCAGUAACAUUCUGUAGUGCAGAUGAGCAUUUACCAUACCUGCCCACUAUUCCCAAAGGCCUACGGUAUUUAAAAUCAAGAAAUUAAUCUGCUUUGAGUCUCCUUUGUGGAGAGAAAAGGCAGGGGUAAAUAAACAUAAUAAUCAUAAUCUCCCAUAACAAUGCAAGGCAAAAACAAAAAGUUAAACUAAAAAUAAAUAACAUACCUGCAAAUGGUGCUACUGCGGAGGUCUAUUUGAAAUGUCGGUAGGAUUCAUGAUGUCAUGGAUGUCAAAGCUUAUUUCCAGUUGGGCCUAAAACUUAGUAAUUUAAAAAGCAAGCCUUGUCCCUGGUUCAUAUGCAGGGAAACUUUGAGUGUGUCUUCUCCAUCCCAGCAUUUUCAUGCUAAAUGGUUUUCUUUGGGGCAGCUCUAUUUAAGCAUCUGUCAAGUUUCUCCUCUUUGGUUUUUCCCAAGGUGAAACAGCAUUGCUUUUAGACCCCUUGAACACUGCCAUAUAAAAUCCAGAUUAUCUGCUUUGAACUGGAUUAUAUGGCAGUGUAGACUCAUAUAAUCAACUUCAAAGCAGGUAAUGUGGAUUAUCUGCUUUCAUAAUCUGGAUUAUAUGACAGUGUAGAAGGGGCCCUUGAAACAGGGAUCGAGAGGUAAAGAGAAUCAAGUGUCUUGAUAUAACUAGCUAGAGCAAUGUGUAGGAAGACAAUGCAUUCUGUUUCCCUUUGCAAGAAUCAAAUAUAACCUUGUUCAGGCCACCAGUUGUCAACUGUGUUUUCAGUACAAAUCACUUGGUUGUGGCAAGGUAUAGAAAUAGUCCAUGUUGGUGAUACAGGGUGACACGAGCCUCCUUAAACGAGUGUAUUAACUUGUUCAUGAAGUAGCUAUCCUUAUACCUUUUUGUGCAAUUCCCUCUACCCACUCAACUCACUGGAGCGUGUCCCAACAGCCCGUCAGUCGCCAGGGGCUUCCAAGUACCUUUCAGUUGCAUCUGUGCAGCUGGAACCCAGCUCAAGCCACGGGGAAGAACAGUGCUGGAGAUUUAUGCUCCAUCAGCUACUGAACGUAACCUUGCCAGGAAGCUGCAAAGGACAGCCAGAAUUUCCACCCUUCAGUACAAUACUGAAAGAAUGCCAAUUUAGAGUAAUUGGGCGGAGGGAAAUUUUGACCUUAAAACAAACGUUCAGGGGUAUUUAAAUCUUGUAUUGUUGUGUGCAGCUGUAGUGGCAAGCGUUUCACCACCAUGUAGCAGUCAGGUCACUGGAGGGAAAAAUAUGGUAGACAUUCAGUGGUAGAAAAGAGACAUAUCUACCGACAGACUAAAGGACUGUGAAUUUUAGAUUAAUAGGGUGUAUGAGUAUGUUAUUAGCUCUUAAUAGAUGGUAUAACUGAAGAGGAAAUACCAAAAAUAACUCACUUAUGCAACUGUUUUUAAAACUGGGCUGAAAUUUAACAUAGCUUUCUGUAAGUGGGAGAGAUCCUUUUGUCAAUUGGAAAGCUUUGUUUCCAGUAAAGAUCUGUCCUGACAAAAAGGCUGUGGUAACAGGAAGAACAGUUAAAAGAGUCCUUCCAUCAGCCUGCAUGUGUUAAGCAAGGAUAUUUCUGCCUAAAGGAGCAAAGUCAGGAUCCAGACCAAUCUCUGUGCCCAACAUGCCAAGCAUCAUCCGGCAGAUGGGCAUAUUGUAGUGACUUGAGGUCAUAUUGUUCAUCCGGUUCUAAAAUUCAUUCCAUGUAUUAAAUGAUAAUGUUCCCUCCCCAUGGCAAACUAAGUCAGUUGAGUCAUUUUUGUCUAAAUGUGACCAGUUCAGUUGUGUUAUUAGAGGAGGGGUCUAGAAACUGAUGAGUUUGUCAUACGGCCCAUGGAACAUGUUCCAACUCUUAUUUUUCCAGCUAAGGUAUAAACAUUUUUACACCAGCUUGAAUGUAUUGUUCUUUACAAAGCACAUAUUCAUUUUGCAUAAAUGUCAGUAUUGGUUUACUGUUUAUAUUGACAUUUUUUUCAGUGAAAAAAACAUUUUUUUCUGAUUUUUCCAAUAGUUUCAGUUCUUUAGCUGCUGUAAAAUAGCUACUUUGUGUUGGUUUGAUAUAUAGAAUUGUACAAACUGCAUUUAUUUAUACAGAGGCAUUUAUAAUACUUUUACAAAUGUUCUUAUAUUCUGAAUAAAUUUCUAAUGCCGAAAUGUCACAAA